AUGAAGGGGCAUUUUAGUCAUACUUGUCCAUGUAUAAAAACUCUUUUCUCCUCUCUUUCUUGGGUUAUUCUGGACGUGCUCUAG